AUGGUGACCAGAAGAAUGAAUGUUUUGGUCUAUUCUGGUAUGUGGCCUCAAUUACAAGUAGGAAAAAAACUAUUGUUGACGCUCAAAACAGGCAAUGGAAGUACUAUCGAGUCUGUUAGGCACUGCUUGUAUACACUUCGUCGUUUGCUAGCACCAAAUUAUGCAGUCAUUCCCGUGACAGAUACUGUUAUUCUUAAGGAGCCUUGGACGUCUUCUUGUGCCCUUCUGGUUUUCCCUGGGGGUGCCGAUCUAGGAUAUUGUCGGUCUUUGAAUGGCGAAGGCAAUCGGCGAAUUGAGCAAUACGUCCGUCGAGGUGGCGCUUAUCUUGGAUUUUGUGCCGGAGCCUACUAUGCGAGUUCACGGUGCGAAUUUGAGGUCGGAAAUGGGAAACUUGAGGUUGUUGGACCUCGAGAGCUAUCCUUCUUUCCGGGAACUUGUCGAGGCUGUGCAUUCAAGGGCUUCAUUUAUCACAGUGAAGCUGGAGCCAAAGCAGUGGAGCUGAAGGUCAUCAAAGAAGCAUUUAAGACUGGGAUAUUGCCACAAAAUUUUCGGUCCUAUUACAAUGGUGGUGGCCUUUUUGUGGACGCGGGCAAAUUUGCAGAUAAAGGUGUUGAGAUUUUGGCAACGUAUGCGGAUCAGACUGAUGUGGAAGGAGGGGAUCGACCUGCCGCAGUUGUAUAUUGUAAAGUUGGCGAGGGCGGGGCAUUAUUGACAGGUCCUCACCCAGAAUUCGCUGCGGUAAACCUCGAUCCCAACUCUGAUGGGCCAGGAUAUCCAAAAGUUGUCAAGGCAAUGGCUGAGGACGAUGAAUCUCGAGUGAACUUUCUAAAAGGAUGUUUAGCAAAGUUAGGGCUUGUGAUUAGUCAGGAGACAUCUUCGGUACCUUCCCUCUCUCGCCUUCAUCUCUCAUCACAGCAUCACUUUUCCAUCUCAGAAUUACUGGCAUCAUGGGAAAGCAUCAUCAGCAAGGAAGAUGGUGAAGAAUACAUCCGAGCAGAGCAUGACACUUUCCAUCUUGAGAAGCAAAGUUCACGAUGGUCACUAGGGUCCCUUGUUAAAUCACUUCCUUUGCCUAGAGUGUCUAGGGAAGGUGAGGAGCAUGUGGCUGACCAAACGGCCGAUGCGGUGUCGGUUGACAGAAUAGUCGAUUAUAGUACCAUCCCCAAGCGCAUCAUCCCACACGAGACAGAAUGGCCAGGAACAAAGGAGACGCCCUAUUUCAAUCAUCACUCAUUUUAUGCAAAUUUGCAACGGUAUCAACGGGAGGGAACUGGGGAGGCCGAGGAAUUUGGGAACACCUUACUUUACGGAGAGGUUGUGACCAGCACCAAUACUUUAUUAGACAAGAAUGCAAAGCUUCUCGCCCACCUCCCCACGGGCUUUACUUGUACAGCUACUACACAAGUUGCUGGUCGUGGCCGUGGCUCGAAUGUUUGGGUUUCGCCGGCUGGAUCAUUGGUCUUUUCAGUCUGCAUGAAGCACCCAAUGGCGCUGAACCCUACCGCACCUGUUGUCUUCAUACAGUACCUGGCAGCUAUAGCCAUCGUCGAGGGCAUCAAAUCAUAUGACAAGGGAUACAAGAACGUACCAGUAAAACUGAAGUGGCCGAAUGACAUAUACGCACGAGAUCCUUCGAAACCUGGCAAAAAAGAAUAUGUCAAGAUUGGCGGAAUCCUCGUCAACUCAUCUUACUCAGCUGGAAACUACGACCUCGUCGUUGGAAUAGGCCUCAACACCACCAACGCAGCCCCAACCACAUCUCUCAACGCUCUUCUCCCAGCUGGUCUCACACCUUUCACCCUCGAGAAGCUCCUUGCCCGAAUCUUGACCAAGUUCGAAACCAUCUACAAGAGCUUCUGCAGAACAGGCUUCGAUCGCAAACUCGAACAAACCUACUAUGACAACUGGCUUCACACAGACCAGAUCGUCACCCUUGAAGCGCAAGGCGGAGCGAGAGCUAGGAUCAAGGGCAUUACGAGGACUUGGGGUAUGUUGCUUGCUGAAGAGCUGGGAUGGGAGGAUCGCCCGACUGGUAAGGUUUGGGAAUUGCAGAGUGACAGUAAUAGCUUUGACUUCUUCAAAGGCCUGUUGAAGAAAAAAGCUUGA